UAAAGAAACGGUGAGGACUCGGUGAAGCAAACCUCCGCCAAGCCGCACUUUUCGAGUUUCUUCCAAGUCAGAGUGGGGAAACUUUAGGAGAGUGAAGAGUCUCCUGCUGAUUACCAAAAACUGUAAUAAGAACAAUUCAGCAUGAAGACCGCAUCUAUGGUACUGUUACUACUCAAUGCUCUCUUCAUACCUCACAUCCCUCCUAGUGUCUGCCGUCCCACGGGAAUGAACAUCUUUGACCAUAAUGAUUUCAAGAGUCAGCUUGACCAAGUUCUGCUGAAGGCUGGUGACAAUUCCAUAUCCUACCUCAUGGGAGAAAGGCUUCUUCGAUAUUUACAAAGAAAUCCCAGAUUGCAAAAGAAUAUGUCUCUACUACCUCUUGACCACUGGCAGUUAGGGAAGUCAUUGUCAUCACGAAGCACAAGCCAGUACGUUAACAGCUUAUCGUCCCUGGAGGAAGAAGAGCCUUUACCAGAAGACAUCAACAUCCUCGACAACAUAGUCGAACUGUCCAAAAGAGCAGAAGACCCUCCCAUCUCAAUUGAUUUGACAUUCCACCUCUUACGAAAUAUGAUUGAGAUGGCAAGGAUUCAAAGUCAGAAAGAGCAAGCAGAACUGAACCGCAAAUAUUUAGAUGAGGUAGGCAAGUGAGGAUUUGAUAAGAAAAACAACAAGGUUCUCACCAGAGAAAAAGCCCAGGUUCUGUCGCAUACGGUUCAUGUCCACAGCCUGACAUUUGUUCUUGUAACUACAGUUUACACAAUCUUGGGUUGUAUCUGCUGCCUUGAGCUUUUUUUGAAAUGAGUGUUUGUUGACAAUAUGACCCUUGACUAGCUGUAGGGAACCAUGUCAUGUCCUUCACUCAAAUGUUCAACUGCAAGUUACUGAUGUACACAUUUGAAAUUGAACAUCUUUCAGCUGUGUCAUAAUCCUUUUCAAUUUAAUGUCAUACUAAAAACACAAUGUCAUAUUAACCGAUAUAUUUUUAGAAUGGUAGAAAACAGUUUAGAUUAGUGAAAUUAAGGAUUUUUUCCACAGUUCAGACCAGUAGAUAGCCUUCACAAAUAUUACGGCUGACUGACACGGUACUGUGUGCCACACAUUUAAGGUGUACAACUGUUGAAUCCUGUGUUCUCACUCGGUCGCCUAUAAACGAGAGGUUACUCGCCAUCUAUAUGAUUGAAUAUUGGCCCUCACAUUUGGCAGAGCUCUGCCAGCUGUCACUGUAGGGCAGUUUUAAAGAGUUGAAGAUGGGCUGUCCUGCCUUAAAGGACCUCAUUAGCAACACCUUUCCAAGUCCGCAGUCAAACCAACAGAUAAACAGACUGACAGACAGAAUUUUAUUUGUACCCAAGGGGAAAUCUGGGUUUUUACAGAAGCUCUUUAAAUGUUGUUGGAUCUUCAGCAUUGACAUUAACAGUAUGGUGUCUGUUAGGAGGCAUGAGGUUAAGGUAAAAAAAAGAGAAUAAAAAUGAUUUCAGAGGUGAAAUCGAGUGGCACUGGAGUGUCAUUCUUACUGAAAACUGCACUUAAGGGAUUUGUUACCUGAUAGAAUGAGCAGUACCUACAGUUAGAAGAAGGCCAUUUAUCUUAACUGUGGAAAUGGCAAAACACGCAGUGUUAACAUUAGAUAAGUGAAAACUGAGUCCACUCUACAGAAACACAGUUGAGUGUCGGAUGAGAAUGCUUAAGUUGUUAGCAAAUUGUGGAGCCCAGAAUUCCAAACUUCGACUUGGCGAUCAGUGGUUCAAAGUCAAACAUGGAAAGUCCUCUUCUUGUCAGAUUUAUGUUGGGCAUGGUUGUUAAGCAGUAUCUUGGGCUUCAUGGUGAGAAUUUUAUAUUUUUCUUGUAGAAAAUCAUUCAGAAAUGACAUCCUUCUCCUUACCUUGUGCUAUCACUGUUUCAGCAGAUCAAUGCACUAUGUAAAUGUAUUUAAAAAAGCAUGCAUACAAAAUCUGGAUUUUGUGAAUUGUUUUACUGAGAAAAAUAAAUAGAUCAUUCAUAAAGAAUUGUUUAGCAGCAAAGAAAAGCCAUUUUGCCAUUUAUAUUUUGUAAUAAAGAAAUCUAAACAAACCACCUGACUGUACAACUGACUUAAACCCCACUUUACUUCAGGUACUGUAAUAAAGGGGAUUUAUUCUGUUUAUCGUAUGCAUUUGAUAUCUGUGCCAGUCAGAGCAUCACGAGGGGCUAAAAGGGGUUGUUAAAUUAAACAUCUGCCUAUUGUAUUAUU